CUUCUUUUUUUUUUUUUUCUUAUAUUGAACCCCUUUUAUCACGAUGGUGUGCCCUCAUUUGGAAUCCAAUAACUUUACUAUUCCCACCGCUCAUACAAAAGUCCACAAAGAAGAAUGUACUCAGUGCUUCGAUAAUCAGGAUGGUCCUCGAGGUAUUGAUGUGUGUUUGACGUGCUUCAACGGUGGCUGCAGUGACGCUCCACGUCAGCAUGCCAAAACCCAUUACGAACUGACUCAGCAUCCCCUCGUGGUGAAUAUUCGGCGGAUCCUGUUGGACAAAGCGAAAAGACCCGAAGACGGGAUGCCACCUCAAAAGAUGAGCAAACUCGCCAUUGUCCCUGAGGACGAAAUCAACGAGUACGAAUACAUUACCACAAUACGCUGCUAUGCCUGCGCCGGUGAAGAAUUCUCUACUGAUACGAAUCCAGAGGUAGCCAAGGCAGUGGAAGCGGUGCUGGCCGCCAUGUCCUCGGCGAAGCAGUCGGAAGUGAAAGCGUGGGAGGAAGAAAUCAUCGCGUGUGAACAUACCGUGUGCCUUGUUCAAGACGAGCCGAAAAAAUUACAAGGCCAAGAUUUAGCUCACUGUGCCGACUGCGAAUUGAAGGAAAAUUUAUGGUUGUGUCUGACGUGCGGUAACUUGGCCUGUGGCCGACGACAGUACGAUGGUUCGGGCGGCAAUAAUCACGGUUUGGAGCAUUUUGACAAGACGGGGCAUGCUGUAGCAUGCAAACUCGGCACCAUUACACCUGAAGGCACUGCUGAUAUCUUUUGUUACUUGUGCAAUGAUGCUCGAUUGGAUAACGAUUUGGCCACCCAUCUUGAAACGUGGGGAAUCAACGUGUCGCAGCAAAUGAAGACAGAAAAGAGCAUGACAGAAUUGCAAUUAGAACAGAACCUAAAAUUUGAUUUCAGCAUGACCACCGAGGACGGAAAGCAAUUGGAGCCCAAGUUCGGUCCUGGCUAUACUGGCUUGAUUAAUUUGGGAAACAGUUGCUACAUGGCGUCGGUGCUUCAAGCUGUUUUCAACAUUUCAGCUUUCCAACAUCGAUAUGACGGUCAGCUUCAGGAUCAUGCAAAGACCUGUACUCGAGAACCCGCCAACUGUUGGUACUGUCAGCUUCACAAGAUUGCUGAUGGAUUACUGUCAGGUCGAUAUUCCCAACCGCAAACUUCUAACAAGGACGAACCGACCACGCAACAAGGCAUCGCCCCCACCAUGUUCAAAACGUUGGUCGGCAACAACCAUGAAGAGUUCUCCACGAUGCGACAACAAGAUGCGUUUGAAUUUUUUCAAUUCUUCUCCAAAUCCGUCGCGCAAAAAGAACACGCCAACAAGGCCCAGGAUCCCACAAAGUUGUUUGAAUUUUUGAUCGAACAACGAUUGCAGUGUGGCCAGUGCCAUAAAGUACGUUAUCAAACCGAAAAAACCAGCAGCAUCUCUGUCAACGUGCCGGCCAAGAAACUCGAGAGUGAUGGCGAAGAUGUAUAUGAACCUGUGACAUUUUACGAAUGUCUCGAUACAUUCAUUGAACAGGAAGCAGUCGAGGGAUACAACUGUCCCAACUGUAAAGAAAGGACCGUCGCUCACAAAUCCGUCAAGUUCAGUACCUUGCCUCAAUAUCUCGUCAUUCACGCCCGACGAUUCGCAUUUAUCAACUGGGUGCCAACAAAACUGAAUAUCCAGAUCCAAUUCCCUGAAGGCGCUAUCCAAUUGGACAAAUAUGUCAGUGCUGGGCCUCAGCCGGACGAAGAAAUGCUGCCAGAAGAUGCACCAGCCAUCCAAGAACCUGCCUUUGAUGCUGCUGCUUUGGAACAAUUGAUGGCGAUGGGAUUCCCCGAAAACCGAUGCAAACGCGCCUUGAUGAACACCGGUAAUAACGGUGCUGAAAUCGCCAUGAACUGGUUGUUUGAACACAUGGAAGAUCCAGAUAUCGAUGAACCGUUGGCUGCUACGGAUAUUGCCCCCACCGGUGCCUCUGAUGACCAAAUCAAUACAUUGUGUGAAAUGGGAUUCACAGCAUCCCAAGCCAAAAAGGCGUUACGGGAAACGAACAACGAUACCGAACGUGCUUUAGACUGGUUGUUCAGCCAUCCUGAGGAUUCGGGUGAAGAAACAGUGGAUGAGCCCAUGGCCACAGAUCAGCCUGCAGCGGGAGAUGCCACGCCUCCUUUCAAUUAUGAUGUGGCAUCAUUUGUUUCCCACAAGGGCACGUCCGUGCAUUGUGGACACUACGUGGCCCAUGUCUACAAAAACGGUGAAUGGAUUUUGUUCAACGACAACAAGGUCGCCGUGACUCCCAACCCACCCAUGGGCGAAGCCUACUUGUACUUUUUGCACCGACAAGAAUAGACCACAUGUAAUUUAAUGAAACGCUAUCAAAACAGUAAAAAAGAGAGAAUGGUGUAUGUAAAGGAGGAUGGGAUGUAGUAACAAGCCGUACACCCGCUGUGCAAUGGAUGCCACCUGCUACUGGGAUGUCACACUCUUACAUUAAGUAACAUUCGUCAGA